AUGAAAACUAAAAUGAAGAAAAUUUUUCCUUCCAAUACUUAAAACUACAAUUCUGUUCCUUAAUUAGAGCAUGAUAAUGGAUCUCUGUAUAAAAUGCACUAAUCAACAAUUUCUAAACCUCCACUCUCAAUAGUUCCAAGUGAAGCUAAUUAGAGCUACUAUUAAAUAAUAGAAAAAAAUAAAUUGCUAUAUCUUGAUUAAUAUAGCCAAUAUAAUGAAAUGAAAUUCAUGGAAAAUAUGGCAGGUAAAUUAUAUUAUUUUAUUCUAAGGUUUAAGACCUAAAUCUGAAAAGUUAUCUUUAUUAGAAAAUUUUCUCAAUAUGUUUGAAGACAUGGUUUCUUGUUUAAUCGUCAUUUAAAAUACCUUACUUCUUAUCGACUUUGAAGCCCCUGAUUUUGCAUAAAUUUAUGGCUACUCACCAAAUACUAUGGCUGAUAUUUUGAAUAAAGAUAUUAAAGUAAGCUUAUGAUUAGCUUAAUAAAGACUUUAGAAAAUUUACAUUUAGAAUUGGAGUUUUAAUCUUCCCUUAGAUUUUUAGAGACUGUGUUAGAGGCAUUACAAUUUAAUCCUGAAUAAGCAAAUAAAAUUCAUCAACUUGAUGUGAAAGCUUGGUCAUAAAAAUGCUAUAAUCAUCUCAAUAACUAUAUAGGCAUUUAAUAAUAAUCUAAUGCAUCAAAAUAAUCCCUACUAUGUCCUUGUUUUAAAUGA